CUCUGAUUUUUAAUUUCCUACUGACAGAUUCAUUCUGUUAGUAAUAAUCAAUCAUUGUUAUUCAAUAAUCCGAUAAUCAUCAACAAUUCUUUUUAUGUAAAACUCUCUUGGAAAUAAUCCUAGAUUGUUGGAGAAGUAAAUUUUUAGUCAAUAAUCAUUAGUUCUCUCUUGGAAACAUACUUUUAUAGUUCUCUUUCAAUGUAAAACUCUCUUGUUGAUCAUUACUGUUUUUUGGUUUGCAUCAUGUAAAUGAAAUUUUAACUCUCUAUUCUAAAAACCAACAUCCAAUCCAUUAUCCUUUCUUCCACCCAUCUAUGUAACUGCUGAUAACCGCUUUUGUAACUGUCCUCAUAGGUUCUUUUGGAACUACUUUUUAUAAGCCAUAUGUGGUUUAUCUAUCAGUAAAUUUUUAUCUACAAUUGUUUAAUCAUGUCUUCCAGCCAAGAAAAAAUUGAAUCAAAUCUUCAUAAUGAUAUGCUUCUGGAUUUUGCGAAUCUUUUGACUCAGGAAAAAUCAUCUUCUACUAUCAAUAUCAACAAUUAUUUUCCUGGCUCAAAACUAAAUCACAAUAAAUGUUUGGUUCUCAAAAUCAUUGCCAAUAAAUCCCUGCAAACCACUUCGGUGAGAGAGAUCCUCCAAAAGUUUUGGAAAACUAAUCAUGCUUUCUACGUCUCAGUUUUUACUGACGAUACAUUUUUAAUAAAGUCCGAAUCUCGUGCUGAUACGGAUAUGAUUAUGGAUGGAAUUCCUUGGAUCAUUAAGGAAGAUCGAUAUGAUUUAGAGAGGUGCACUUUGGGUAAACUACCUUGUGAUUACAAAUUUGACUCAGUGGAAUUUGGUCUUCAAAUCCAUAGAUUACCGGUGGAAAACUUAAGUGCAAUGUUUGUUCAUGAAUUUGUCUCUCAAAUUGGUGAAACUCGUCCGGUCCCUGUCUAUGAAGAAACUACAUGAGGCAAGUUUGCAAGGACUAAGACUCAUAUUAAUCUUAAUUAUCGUCUACCACGGGCAAUUGCUUUUCCACUGUCAAAUAAUAUAAUAUAUGAAGUCACUAUCAAAUAUGAAAGGCUGCCGAAAUUUUGUAUCUUUUGUGGAUUUAUUGGCUACCUGAUGCGUAACUUCCCAAAGGUAAAUGAUUAGAAGGAUUUCAUCUUUCAAAAUCAUCCAGAAUAUCUUCAUCAAGAAGCAAUGGAAAUGAUCAAACGUGUGUACCAUCCUUCCAUUAGUGUUUUUGCAAAAUCUCAAGUUAAGGAAGUUCCAGAGUUUAAAGAAAUUUAUGUUGUUGGUGAAGCCCCGACCUCUGAAAGAAGGGGAAAUUUUUCUUUCACUGCUGAUCAGCACAGAACCACUCCAACUACUUUUAUAGGGAGAACCUUCUCUUCCACUGAGCAUACAUAUGAAAGAACUGACUUGGUUAUUGGGUACCAGAAACAAUACCAUGUUAGAUAUGAAGUGGUUGAUCUUAAUAAUUCAAGUUAUACUAGAAACUUGGAUAUGGUUUCGAGUUCUAGGGGAAUUUCUUCUCUCACGGAAGAGCACCUAGUUGAAGAAAAUCGUAUGAACAUGAUGCUUUCUAGAGGAAGCAGGUUGAGCAGGACAAUAUCGGUAGCACGAUAAAUGUGUUAAGAGAUGACAACAUCCAAAAUAAUUUUAGGCUUGCAGCACAUCACCAUAUAGACAUUGAAAUCCUUCUCUGUCUCAAUCCUAUUGUUACUCACGCAAAGAAUCAUGCAUCAAUGGGUGUCAAAAAAGUAGUUGCUAAGCCUCUUCCUAAAUAAAAUCCUAAUCAGAAUGAUUGGAAGAUGCUGGCUAGAUCACAAUGGCAAUCUUCUUUAAUCAAUAUUGAGGAUAAUAUUGGUGGACAAAGUGCAAAACGAGGUCAAGAUGAAGAAUGCAUCCGAAGAAACUCUCCUCAGCCCAAGUUAUAAAGGAAAUCCACUCCAAAAUCUUUUUCUGAAAAUGGUAAGGCCAAUUACCUUAAAAUAUCGCAUGAUAAAUGCUGAUUUUCUCAUGGAAUUAUUGGGGUCUGGGGAAUAUCUCAACAAUUCGCACUCUUCGUUCAUUCCUCAGAGGGUUUUCUGGUCCUGCGUACACAUGGAGUAAUGGAAGAGCUUUUCAAGGUCUUUUUUGGCAACAUCUAGACAGAGUUAUGGCUAACCCUGAAUGGUGUAUUGCUUUUAAUUGUGCUGAUAUUCUUCAUCUACCCAGAAUUUCUAGUGAUCAUGCCCCUAUUCUUCUAAAUACUUCGAUACCAAUUGCUAGAGCUCCUCCAAAUUAUAAGUUUGAAGCAUACUGGAUCUCACAUCCGGAAUUCUUACAGAAGGUAGGAGAAUGUUGGAGUGAAGAUAUAUAUGAAGUUAUUCUUUCUAAGCUUAGAAAGUUGGGUGUUUUUCUUUCAGAUUGGAGUCGAAGAAGAAUUGGUUGUGUUAAACAUAAGAUCUUUAUCCUAAAAACUAAACCUCUGAGAAUUCAAUCUAGAAGAACAAUUGCUUCUACAAUUCAUAAGGAAAAGGUAAUAACGGAUGAAUUAAAUGAUUAUCUUGUGAUGAAAGCUACUUACUAGGACCAGAGAUUGAAACAGGCUUGGGAUAAAGAUGGUGAUAGAAAUAUAAGACAUUUCCAUUUAUUUGUGCAACAUAGAAGGAGGAAAAAUAACAUUUGUCAUUUACGAAGAGAUGAAAACUUCUGAACUUCAUAUCAUUGUGAAAUCUCAAGUAUUUUGGUCAAUCAUUUUCAAAAUCUAUUUCAACAAGAUUCUUCAGUAAGUUCUCAUGAUUUCUCAUUUCAGACUCUAAUUACUUCUUUGCAAAUUGAUAAUGUUGAAAUUUCUAGAAAUCCUACUCAAGAGGAAAUAUGGCAUGUGCUGGUAAAUAUGGGUUCUUACACUACUCCAGGUCCGGAUGGUUUUUCUCCUGUGUGGUCUACUGUUUAUAAUGAUGUUAUGAAAUAAAUCAAGCAAGUGUUUCAAUAUGUUUUGUUCCCUGAGUUAUUAAACCAUACCAAUAUUACUCUUGUGCCUAAGAUAAAAAACUA